AUGAAGCUUGUAAGUAUGCUAGCAGGAAUGCUGGCUGUCGCGACACUCAUGUGUUCGGGCAACUUGUGUAUCAGCGCAUCUAAGCAAGAUGGUGCUAUCCUGUACAGCAGUACGACCGUUACAUUACUCAUUGAAGUCCUCAAGCUGGUGAUUGUACUCAGUGCGAUCGUCUUGACGGAGACACCGCCACCUGCCCACUUUGUGCCGCUCGAGGUCUUUUACUACGCCAUUCCUUCAUUCCUUUACACUAUUGACAAUAAUCUCAACUACAUCAUCUUGCGCUUCAUGGAUGCUGCCACUCUCUCUGUGCUUUGGAAUCUCAAGAUUGUAGUCACAGCCAUUCUCUUCCGCUUUGUGCUCAAGCAUCCACUGUCUGAGCUGCGAAAAAUCGCCAUUGUGUUGCUUGUGGUAGGUGUGCUCACAAGCGAGUCGAGUCAUCUGCGGGAGACGAAACACACAAUGGCUACAGAGAAUAGCAGUGAUAAUGGCAGCGUGAACGGGAUGCAGUCCAUGGAAGACAUUGUUGCAGCUAAAAGUGCCCAGGACUUACUUACUGGUGUGUUACUAGUGUUGAUGGGUAUCACCUUUUCAUCAUGUGCUAGUGUCUUUACAGAGUGGGCUUUCAAACGAAAGUCAAACUGUUCGUUUCUAUGGCAAAAUAUGCAGAUGUACAUCUUUGGCAUCAUCUUUAAUACUGCUGGAGUUUUACUAGUGGAAGGUGAUGAAAUUUACUCCAAGGGCUUUUUCCAUGACUACAACAACUGGACAAUAGCCGUAGUGGCUGUGAACAGUAUUGGCGGCAUUGGAAUGGGCUUUAUUCUCAAGUACAUGGAUAAUAUUGCUUGUGUUUAUUCUCAUUCCAUGGCAAUGAUGCUCACGAUGCUCUUUUCAAUGCUCUUCUUCUCUUUCUCACCGUCACUUGAAUUUGGCUGUGGACUCACGGUGCUCAUUAUCUCAAUGUAUAUCUACCACCAUCCACUGGCCAAUGCUGAUACGAUUCCAUCAACGAAGGGUGUAACCGAGUCAUGUGAUUCAGCCUCCGACUCGUGUUCGACGGAGUUAGGCAGGCCUACGAAACACAAUGAGAAGAAGCGUGUCACGUUUGAUCUGCGUCAAAAUGAUGACUUUGACGAUUCAGCUACAUCCUCCAUCACGAUCACUUCUAGUGGCUCGUUAUCAUCCAAGACACCAAAAAUACCAAUGCGUGGACUUCAGCUCAAGAAGACACAGUACUCGAUCCUUCCAGGCGAGUCAGAGAACUUGCCAAGCACUCGAGCCAAUGUAAAAACAAUGGACUUGUCACUUCAUACCAGUAACGAAACGCACACAUGA